AUGAGCUCUCUGAAAUUGAGUUUCGGUGCUGCUCUGUUCAGUAUGAGUUUCCUAAAUCCACAGGAAGUUCAAGGAGUCCUCAACUCUCUCAAAGAGAGCCAUACUACACACCCUGAUACCGCUGGAGAUAUCCCCCGACUUCUCCCGGGCGCUCCGGGGAGUUUAUCAGAGAGACUAAAGCCUCAAGGCAAGGGUUUACGAUUGACACUAAGAUUCUUAUGCAGGCUGUCAACCAAGGGGGCCAUAUGGAGAGCAGCGCGGUGGUACGAUUGGUUGAAACUAGCCUGCGGCGUAUGGGUGUCGAUCAGGUGCGCUGUCUGUGUCACCAUUAUGCAUAUCCACUGUCCGGAUCUCGACACUCCGUUGGAAAAGCAGGCCAGAACUAUGAAUGAUUUAUACCAAGCAGGGAAAUUGAAACGCGUUCUUCUGUUGUUCGGCAUUUCCAACUUCCAGCCUGACCUGCUUCAGAAAUUCCUCGCUAUUUGUGACGCCAACGGUUACGUUAAGCCUAGCAUCUACCAAGGCGACUAUAUUGCGGUAAACCACGGAAUGGGAAAGAAGCUGCUUCCAAUUGUAAGAAAGUACGAAAUCGCUUACAAUGCGUGCCGUGUUCUUGCUUCCGGAUCCCUUUCUGGCAAAUACACCCAUCGGACAGAGGAAGGGACACGACUUAGCGCCCAUAACCCCCUAGGAGGGUUCAUGCGACCGUUGUACGAUCAAGAUGUAUUAGACGCGGCACUUAAAAGACUGGAGGAAGCUAUGGAGGCCUUUGGAGUUACUACCAUCGACGCAGCACUGCGAUGGGCUUAUUAUUGCUGA